AACUAUUGAAGCAAAAAUGUUGGUUGAAAAAAUUGUCAUCUUGAUAUUCUUUGGAGUUUUUGUGUCGGGCAUAGAUGCCAUACCAUUUUUAAGCCAAUGUAUGGGCCAGAAGGUAUUUAAUCCGCAUAAAAUUUGGAGUAGAUUCAAUGCAACAGACGUUAAUGGCAAGGAAUCGGUUGAAUACCAAAUCCGAAAUAUACCCAAGACACGAUUCGAGGAAGUAUUAUCAUUAGUAAAACCGUUUCUCGAAGACGAACAACAAAGUAAAAUAAAGGGGAUCACUGAAAAGAGGAUUCAAAUGCAUAGAAAGCGGUGGAUGAUCAUUUUACGCGAUAAUCUGUCAGUGGCCUGUUUUGAUAAUAGCGAUAAAAUGGUCGGCGUUGUAUUAUUGUAUAUUGGCAAAAAGCCAGGUUCGAAGAGCAAGAGAGGCUCACCAUCGCGAAUAUCUGAAAUGGGAUAUUUCGAUAUUUUCGAAUACUAUGGUGUUGAUGAAUAUCUGGCAAAUGAUGGUUUAGUAGUUUUGCCAGAAUAUCGUCGUCGUGGAAUUGCAAAGCAGUUGAUCAUGACUUUUCCAAAUAUUUGUAAAGAAAAUGAAUUAGAAGUAUUGGCAAGCGUGGUUUCAUCAGAUUCUAUAAAUAAUAUGGCCAAUGAAUUUGAACAAAGUGGAUAUGAAAUUCAGGAUCACGCAAUAGAAAACUUUUCAAAUGAACCCCCAAUGACUUUUAGAGCAAUCAGUUUCGGCAAUAGAACGGCAGAGUCACCGACAUUAUAAUUAUUUAUCACUUUUCUGUUUUGAAUCGCAUGACAAAUUUUCAAAAAAACGUGAGAAAAGAAUAAUAAAAUUACAAUUUUUUGAAAAAAGAA